AUGCUCAUACGAGGCAAUCUUGUACACUGUCCGGAACUUGGUCAGCUCGAUAUCUUGAGAGACUUCGUCCUAGCCGUGGACGAGUCGGGCAGAGUAAGCUAUGUAGCUCCCGCGAACAGGCCAGAAUCGCAGCAGAUGCUUGCAGAUGCAGCAGAGCCCCCGUUGGUGAUUGAACAAGGGAGCUUUCUCAUACCGACAUUCUGUGAUUUGCAUUUGCACGCACCACAGUUUCUCUAUCAAGGCACUGGCCUUCAUUUGCCACUCAUGGAAUGGCUAGACGAGUAUGCGUUUAAAGCGGAGGAAGGAUUGGAUAACGACCCCGUGCUCGCAGAUAAAGUCUACAAGCGGCUCGCGACCAGGCUGAUAGAGAAUGGCACUGGGGCUGUCCUCCUGUUUGGGACGAUUAAAACAGAAACAAAUCUAAUACUUGCUCGUGUUAUGCAAGAGGCAGGUAUCAGAGGCUUCGUUGGGAAGCUUUCCAUGGACAUCUCAUCGCGUCCUUCCUAUAUGGAAGAAUCUGCUGAAGCGUCGCUCUCCGAGGCUCGAUCCUUUUCAGAGCGCUGCUGUGACCUCGUUGCACAUUUGCCCGAUCAUGAAAGGCUCGUCCAUCCUGUUUUGACACCUCGCUUUGUGCCUACCUGCUCGGAUGAGCUUUUGGAAGGGCUGGGUCAACUGUCUGCACAAGCAGAUCUUCGUAUCCAAAGUCACAUGUCUGAAGCUCACGACGAACUCGAAUGGGUGCAGCGUGAGCGGGGUUCACACGACAUCGAUAUAUUCGCCAAGCACGGACUCUUGACUCCUCGCACUGUCCAAGCGCACUGCACGUUCUUGGAUCCUCCCUUGCUCACUCAAGUCGCUGAGUACGAAACGGCCAUCGCACACUGCCCCCUCUCCAAUGCGUAUUUCUCCGCUAAACCAUUCCGUUUGCGCGAGGCUCUGCAGCUUGGCGUCAAGGUAGGUCUGGGAACAGAUAUCGCGGGGGGAUACGACGUCGAUGUCCUGAGCUGUAUGAGACAUGCCGUCGCAAUCUCUCGUAUGCGCGAAGGUGAACGUAUAGUUGCGACUGCUGGCACAUCGGCCGAACAAGAGACGAAUCUAUCCAUAGAUUGGAAGGAGGCACUAUAUCUUGCGACGCGCGGGGGGGCAAUCGCGCUUGGCCUACCUAGUGGAACCGGAUCAUUCUCCGUUGGAUCUCCGUUCGAUGCACAGUGUAUCCGCUUGUUCGAUGCGCGUACUGGUGAAGGCGUCGGUGCCCUUGACUUUUUCGAUGAUCUAAGUGAACGACAAGUUCUGUCGGUUGAUUCGAUAGAGAAAUGGUGGUGCUUAGGGGAUACCAGAAACAGGCAACAGGUGUGGGUGCAAGGCAAGAUGAUCAAAUUUGGCUGUUGA